AGACGCGCCGCGUGCAACUCCGACGGCAGCGCCGGCAGCGCCGUCGCCGAGCCGCUACCACCGCUACUCUCUCCCGCAUAAAAGCUCGAGGCAGCGUAGCGUUAGUAGCACCGCCGGCUCUGUUCAACUUCCGAGCGAUACGCGCAGACCGACACUCAUCUUCCUCGUGCUCCACGCCAGGACUCCAGAGCUCUCCACCGAACCCGAGUCGAAACCCCAAGACCCCCACGACCCAUUCUCUGCCCAUCGAACCGCGACGUCCUUGCGCCACUUCUUCAGAGAUUCGAGAGAUACCCAAGUCUGAAAAUGUUGUUCUCGGUUGGAGCUAUCCUGCUGCUGUGCGCCAUGGCCAGCUCGCAGAAACCACAGGGCUUCGAGAAGGCCUGCAGUGGACCCGAGGACUGCCAGCCCGGGGAGUGCUGCGUCUUAGGCAUGCAGCGCUUCAGCAUCCCCAUCUGCAUGAAGCUGGGCCAGAUCGGCGACACGUGCCGCCCGAACAACGCACCCGAGAACCGCAGCUUGUGGUACCCCCAUGGAAUCGAGUUUGCCAGUCACAACACAUACACCCUGUUCUGCCCCUGCGACGCCGGCAUGACCUGUUGGGAUGCCCGGUGCCAACCCACCAAGGACGAUUUCGGCAACGCUCUGGACUACCAGCAGUAAAUGAUGCACUCCUCGUCCGAAGACUUGUCGAUUGUCGAAAGGUGUCCAGGUUUUUGGCGCAUGCGAAGAAUUCUCCGAGGCGCUUGCGAGUUUGGCUUUCCGUCAAUCAUGCAUUUGCGAGAAUGCAAAUGCAUCGAGUUGAUCCUUCCUUCGA